AUGUGGGAACUUGUGGGUCUCUUGCUGCUCAUCCUGACCUAUUUCUUUUGGUCCAAGUCAAAGACACUUGGUGCCAAGUCCCCCAAGAGCCUCCCAUUCCUGCCCCUUGUGGGCAGCCUGCCGUUUCUCCCCAGACAUGGCCAUAUGCAUGUCAACUUCUUCAAGCUGCAGGAAAAGUAUGGUCCCAUCUAUUCUCUUCGUCUGGGAUCCACAACCACAGUGGUCAUCGGCCAAUAUCAGCUGGCCAAGGAAGUGCUUGUUAAGAAAGGAAAAGAAUUCUCCAGUCGGCCCCAAAUGGUGACGCUAGGCCUCUUGUCGGACCAAGGAAAAGGCAUCGCCUUCGCUGACUCCGGUGGCCCCUGGCAGCUGCACCGGAAGUUGGCGCUCAGCAGCUUUGCCCUGUUCAGGGACGGUGACCAGAAACUAGAGAAGAUCAUAUGUCAGAAAGCCAGCUCACUGUGUGACUUGCUGCUCACCCACAAUGAGGAGUCCAUAGAUCUUUCCCUGCCUAUCUUCAACUCAAUAACCAACGUCAUCUGUGUCAUCUGCUUCGGCAUCUCUUAUGAGAACAGGGAUCCGAUACUUAAGACCAUUAAGAGUUUUACAGAAGGCAUCCUGGACAACAUAGGCCACAAUAAUCUGGUGGACAUAUUCCCUUGGUUGCAGAUUUUUCCCAAUAAAACCUUGAACAAGAUAAAGAAAAACAUUAAAAUUCGAGAUGAAGUUCUGAGUGAAAUACUAGAAAAAUGCAAGGAGAAAUUCAACAGUGACUCCAUGUCCAGCUUGAUGGACCUUCUAAUACAAGCCAAGAUGAAUGCCGACAAUAACAACACCAGCGAAGACCAGGGCUCGAGUGCAUUGUCAGACAAGCACAUCCUUUCCACAAUAGCAGACAUCUUUGGCGCUGGCAUAGAGACCACAGCCUCUGUGUUGCGCUGGAUUAUUGCUUUCCUGCUGCACAAUCCUGAGGUGAAGAAGAAGAUCCAAAAGGAGAUUGACCAGAAUAUAGGUUUCAGUCGCACACCAACUUUCAAUGACCGGAAUCACCUCCUCAUGCUGGAGGCCACCAUCCGAGAAGUGCUUCGUAUCCGGCCGGUGGCCCCCAUGCUCAUCCCCCACAGGGCUAACAUUGACUUGAGCGUUGGUGAGUUUAGCAUCCCCAAGUUCACAUCCGUGGUCAUCAAUCUGUGGGCACUGCAUCACAAUGAGAAGGAAUGGGACCAGCCAGAUCGGUUCAUGCCUGAGCGCUUCUUAGACCCAACGGGAAGCCAUCUCAUCACACCCUCAUUAAGCUACCUGCCCUUCGGAGCUGGGCCCCGCUCCUGCAUCGGAGAGGUUCUGGCCCGUCAGGAGCUCUUCCUCUACAUGGCCCACCUGCUGCAGAGGUUUGACCUAGAUGUCCCAGAUGAUGAGCAGCUGCCUUGCCUAAAGGGUGACCCCAAGGUGGUCUUUCUGAUCGAACCCUUCAAAGUGAAGAUCACAGUGCGCCAGGCGUGGAAGGAUGCCCAGGCAGAGGUUAGCACCUAG